AUGAAGCCACAUGCAAUUUUCAUCUCAUGCAUCUUGCUGGCUACUGUCUCUGCAGAACCCAGAUUUCGAGUUCCCGCCAUCCACCUGGAACACGUCAUCGGCAUUCUUCACCUUGACUCAAGCAGCACCACCAUGCCAGGAUGGACAUUUGAAGGCACUGUACAGUACGCAAAUGCAGGGGAUGAUCUGUCUCUACCCGAAAACGGGCAUGCUAUGUUGUUAGGACAAGACGGUAAAAUCAACCAGACUUUCACUGCAAACAAUGAAGGGCAAAUGCGGCAUCUUUUGACUUUCACGUUGUCCAGGGGGGUUCUAAACUGCAGUGCUUUCGCGAGCCUUGUAAUUUCGGCACCUGAUAAUUCUGCAGAAUUUGCCUUAAGCGGUAAAUAUGGUAGGGAGUUGUGGGAAGUUUACGGUCACCAGAUAGGAAGCUGGGGAGAUGGCGAAGCCGUAAAUUUGGUGAUCGAAAGUCGAACAAACAAUGAGGAUGAAAACUCGACGUAUUGGCCGGUGGUCGAUGAUCUCAACUUGGUCACCGUUGGAUUAGUGAAUCAAGAGAAUGAACCGAGCCUCACCGAGUCCGCACUUCAGCAAUGGACAGUAACGGGAACAGUAAAAUACAUAGAAAAGAAAAAUUACUAUGUCCCACUAGGCAAUGCCGCUGUUGAAUUCGUGUCGCGAACCUCUUCAGGCAUCCAGACAGCACGAGAACUCAGUCGAGAAACCAACUACAAGCUGGAAUUUUCACUGGGUGAAGCAAACAAGUCCUGCUCAGGUGAUUUUACAGUUGGGGUCGUGACUGGAUCAUCUUCUCGGAAUUUUACUAUCCACAGCAAUGGAAAUGGGCUGGCCCAAAAAUACUCGCUGGAUUUUCAAGGGGCUGGAGCAGGUCCAACCCAGAUAGGCUUCGAGAGCUACAGCACGGGACAGAGGGAAGAUGGAGUGAUUUGCGGUCCGGUUAUCGAUGGUGUUGUUUUGUGCGUUUCUGGUGGGUGCGAAUUGAAUGGUUGUUUGUUCAUAAUCUUUCUUUUUCUGGCCCUUGAGGCGAUUGUAGCCGAGCACUGGUAG